UGUUGGUACUAUAACAUUGAUAGUAGUCUUUUUUUAACGAUUAAACUCCUUUAUUUACACCAGUCCUUCACAGGCACUACGUUUUAGCAAUACAAUAAACCGAUCUAAACAGAACGGAUUUUAAAGUUGUCUUACUCAGUUACAUCAGGAAGUGCAGUAUAUCUUCAAGUGCGAUUCACAUAACGUACGAAGAGAAUGUAAGUUCUUGAAUAUGCAAUGAUAUACUGUGUCCAGAAGCACAUAACGGAUUUUAUGCAGAAUAAUGUACAACAUAAGCGUAUCAAGUAAAGAAGUAAAUAUCAAGUCGGCAUUCUGUGCAUUUUGUUAAAUGGUACCAACUGUGUUUCAAUUUCGUAAAACGGCGGCCAUUGUUCAAAACAUAUUUGGAAAAAAAGAAACUUUUGAGACAACUGCCAAUAUAACAUUUGAUAACUUCCUUCAAAUGAAACACAUGGGAUUUCCCAAAUAUGUUCUGGAAAAUCGCAGACAUGGAGCUUAACCUUGUAACAUAUUUGUAUUGUGCAUGUGCACGCGAACGAACGGACUAAUAAGGAAUACAGAGUAUUUGGUGUUAUAAAAAACGAGCAAGUAAUAAUGUAUUCAUCAGUUGUAUUUACAGUAACUGUUUGCAUGUUAAUUGCAUGUUCUUCAUCGUGCUCAACAUGCUGUGUAUGCAUCAAAGAAAAGGCGACCUGUAGAACACCAGACCCAAGUAAACUAAUUCUCAACGAGAAUAUUCGCGAAGUGGUUCUGCACGAUAUUGAAUCAUCGUUGCUAAGUGAGCAAACAUUUUCUACCAACCCACAGUGGUCAAAGGUAGAAACUCUUGAAAUAUUUGCGGUGGGAUAUAAAGUUCUUGGCAAUCGUGUGUUCACGGGACUUUCCGGUCUCACCUACCUUGGCUUUCACAAUGAGGACAUGCAAUUCAUGGAUUAUGAUGCAUUUUCUGGUCUGAGUAAUCUAAAAGAACUGGACUUUUCUAAUAACAUUCGUCUUUGGAAAAGCAGUUUUCAGAUCAGCAUGAAUUCGACUCACCUUCCGCGAUUGAAUAAAUUAAGACUGAAUGGCAUGUAUUCGGCUAAAGUAGAUGCAAUCGAUGCGAACACCGAUUUAUUUCGAAGCGUCGCUGGUCGCGAUAUUAAGAGGAAUAUUACGCAUCUGGACAUUUCUAACAUCAACUUUAGAGAUUUCAACUUAAGAGCUUUCUUUGAAAGUGGACUAUGUAACACCGUCCACGGAAUUUAUUUGAGGAAUGCUACAAUCCAAAACAUGCACAUUGGUUUUUUAAAAGAGCCUUGUUCCAGUUUGAAGAUAAUUGACAUCAGUGAUUCACUACUUCCGAACAUUUUGCGCCAUUCUGCAAAAAUGUCAAUAAUAGCUUCUUGGUGCAGAUUUUUUACAAGUUUUUUCUUUAACGUAGAGGAGCUGUAUAUGAACGGCUUAGGCACAUACAAGAAUCCUCCGCCAUUGCAAGAUGACCGUGAUGGUGACUUGAGGUCAUGUCCGUACAGAUUAAGAAUAUUUAGCCUUGAAAACAAUUUGCUCAAACGGUUAAACUCCACCGUAAAACUUCACAAUCAAACUCAGAAAACGAUGGAAUGGAUAAGUCUAUCUGGAAACGUUCUCGAAUUCAUAUCCCCUCAGUUUCUAUGUCAAUCAAUGAAUCUCAAAUAUUUAGAUUUAUCUGGUAACCACCUUCACAAGAUGCAAGAAUAUUACGAAGAUCAGUUUGAAAUACUUACUAAGAAUAAUACCAAGCUAAAAGUUUUGAAAUUGAACAGAAACGGUAUUUCUCGCAUACCCUUUAACAUGUUUGUAACUAACAACGAAUUAGAAGAAUUGGAUCUUUCUCACAAUAAUAUUUCUUCACUAGACUUCCACUUCGGUCUUCUGACAAAUCUUCAAGUGUUGAAUUUAUCAUACAACGCGAUAUCUUUCAUACAUGCUAAAGCAAGGGCUACAAUGCAACAACUUGCAGCAGCGAAAAAACCGCAAAAUCUUACAAUAGACUUGUCCAAUAUGCCGUACAUUUGCUCGUGUCAUGAUAACCACAUGGAAACUAUCAAGUGGAUUCAAACAAAUCUCGAUACGUUUAUUGCAAGUCCCCGAGAAGACUAUAGAUGUACAUUGCAAGGUGAACGGUUAUACAUUUUUCAAAAUGCUUUGGAAAAGACGAAUGCUUACUGUCGAGAACAAAAUAUAAAGCGCAAUCUCGCCAUUUGUCUUCCAAUAGUGUGCGUUUUUCUGCUAAUUGGGCUUCUUAUAUUCUUCAAGAUCCAACGUUCAAGACGACGGAAACGGGAGAGAAAGAAUCUUCGGUCUCAGAUUAAGUUGGGGGAUUUUCCAAUGAAGUUUGUAGCAUUUCUAUCAUUUAGCUCCGAUGACGCCGAGUUGGUCGUGAACACAAUCUUACCGAAACUAAAUUCAGAGUUACAGCUGAAAACGGGAACUAAUCGUGUUUUGGUGUGCUCCGGCGAUCGCCAUUUUAGGCCCGGAUACGCGCUUGGUGAGGAGAUAAUACGUUGUAUCGAAGACUCGGCUGUCAUCAUUCUGGCAGUGUCUAAACACUACUGUCAAAAGGAAUGGUGCAGGAAAGAAGUGCAAGAAACUUACGAUCAAAAUAAACCAAUAGUAUUGCUGUUUUUGGAAAGAGUUGAGCUUGACGAGAUGGGCAAAGUUCUCCGGAAGGUGUUUAACAGGUACGCGCAUGCGUCGUGGAUUCCAGAUACCGAUGGCGGACAUAUUGAGCCUGACUGGCCUAUAUUAUGCGAUGCUCUUUUGGAUUUGACAGUUGUGGAAUUGGAGAAAAACCGUGUACAUUGAAAACUCUCAAACGAAUCCGGUUAAUGGCUAAACAACUUCUAUAUAUCUGAUAAUAUAGGCAUAAUCAGAUCUUUAAUGCACCUACUAAAUAUAUAUUUAUAUAUAUUUGUAUUUUAUUUACAUUUAAGAUCGGAUCAUUCCUAUAUUGAAUAAGUUGUAUUUUAUAUCAUGGGUAAUAUAGUGAGGUACACAGCCAUUGGUUUAAAAAUACCGCACGGGUAGUGAUUAUUAUGUUGUUUUUUAACGCAAAUAUUCUUGUAAGAUACAUAU